AUGAGUUCAAGUUAUCAGAGAAACACCCAAGAUGAUUUUGACGAAGACGGAGCAGAAGCCAUGGAAUACGAGCCAUCAGAGCAAAGUCUUGGCCAGAAAUCCCUUCUUGAUGAAAUACCAGAGCCAUGACAGUACGAAUGCAAUGAUGGAAGUUAUGAACCACCAAGGGAAUUGGCUUUUGUGCCCUCUCAUUUUGACCCUGAGAGGGUACACAAGCAGAGGUAUCCCAGCACUGGGGAGAAUUCACAGAAUGUGUCUUCUUCCUUUCUUAAUCUGAGUGAUUCUGUGUCUCAGAAAGCUAAUGUAAGCAGGAAUAUGAAUGAUGGGUCUUUAGAAACUGCCGCCAAUUUAGACUCUCAGACCAAGCAUAAUUACGAUAAUUUCCAAGAGUUGCAACACCAAGUAGUUGAGCUCAAGAGGCAAAUUUCUCUGAAGGACCAAGACCUCUCUUAUUCUCGACAAAGGAACGAGAAGCUAGCUAAUGAGCUGAAGAAGUAUCCGUCUGUCCCCUCUGAGAUUUCUGGUCAAAAUGCUGCUAAUAUUCACGAAGAGAAUACAUUUUUGAGGGAAAAGUGAGUCAAUUCUGAAUCAAAAAUAACACAAAUGGAAGAGUAUAUCCAAAGCCUCAUUGAAAACAACGAAGAAGAACAGCUAGUGCAACUCCUCAAAAGCGAGAAGGAGGCAGUCAAUCAGCUCCAACAGGAGAAGAAUGAACUCUUAGAGUACAUAGAGUCUUUCCUAAAGGAACAGGAAAGCACAGAACAGCUUCUCCAGUCUCUUCAAAAGGAGAAUUCACAGUUGAAGGAAGAGAUUCAGGCUCGGUUCAGAAGUAGCUCAAAUAUGGAUUCUGAGUACACACAGAAUUUCGAUACCUUUGGAGGGGAGGGCGAGGAUACUCUUACUAAGAAUAAGCUUCAAGAAGCUCAAGAGACCAUUGAAAUGUUACAAAAGCAACUAACUAAUCUCGAGCAGACACGAACAAUUGAGAAUAAAUCGAAAGCGACUGACAUCCAAAACCUCACAGAAAAACUCAGAAUUUCUGAAGCCAAAAACGAGAAGAGCUCAAGAGCAAUUACAGAUGUAGAAGAGCACUUUAAGAAGGAAAUUGAAGCUAUUAAGGCCUCAGGAAGAACUCCUGGUGAAGAUUUGAAGAAGAUCACUCAAGCCAAAGAUCAAGCAGAGCUCAGCCUUAAUUCUCUGAAACAGGAUCAUGGUGAACUUCAGGCGAAGUUUCGCAAAAUUCAGGAUAAUUACGCAGCUCUUGAGACUACUUGUAAUGAAACUCAAGCUGAGCUCGAGGAGAUACGAGAGAAAUACGAUCAAGAUAUAGAAAAGAUAGCUAAUGAUCUGCAAGAUAGUGAGAAGAGAAUCCAGCUUGAACAAUUAGAAAACAAAUGAGUUGCCCUUAAAAAUAUGAACAAGCAGCAAGAAGAGACGAUUGAAAGCAAGACAAAGAAAAUUUCUAAGCUCACUUCUCAAUGACAUGAUCUUAACUCGACUAUUAGAGAGUUAGAAAACGGAAUUGACAAGUUAUCCAGAGAAAAUAGCACUCUUUCUAAACAGCUUAAGCAAUCCAAAGAUGUCUCCGAGUCUUCCGACUAUGUUGAGCUCCUUAAGCAAUAUGAUCAGUUGAAAGAGAAUUUCAGUCAAAAAGAAGCCAAAUAUAAGGAAAUGAACCAUGAUUUUGGCAAGAAACUUAAGGAGAUUGAGCGUCUAUCUCAAGAUUACGCAGAAUGCAAGCAUUCCUUGCAAGAUCUCAAGUACAGGUACAAUAAUCUUGAGCUCCAAAAGCAGGAUAAAGAGGAAAAAUUAAGGCAGAUGAAUACAAAAAAUGAUAACUUAACUAGCGAGCUCCAAACUGUCAAGGAGAAUGACCAGAAGAAUGCCACCUCUAAAAUUCAAGAAUUUAAGAAAAAGAUUAAGACUCUUGAUGAUGAUAACUCUGCACUCCAGAAGUUGUGUAAGAUUAAUAAGGAUAAGGCCAACAAGUGUGCUAGCUUAGUGGAUGAGUUCAACGAGGACUUCUUAAGUUAUGCUAAGGAAACUCAUUUCGACAAGAAACUUAUCAGCCGGAAGUAUAGAGACUUCAUAAUUCUUGCUGAUAAGAUCAAACCUGCUAAGCAAGCUGACCAGAUCCAGGACGUGUUAGAGAAGAUCGAAGACUGGAUCUCCCAUUCUUCUGAAGAGUUUGAAAUUCAGAUGAAGAACGCUGCUAAUUUUAAGAAGAAAUAUCUUAAUGUUAGCGAACGUGUAGACCAACUUGAGGACCACCAGAUGAACCUUAAAAAUGGUGAAAACAGGUGACGAAGAAGAGAAGAAGCCUUAAGGAAGGAAGUCAGCACCUUGACUGCAAAACUUGACCAAAUUGAGUCAGAAAAAUCAUGCUCCUUUAAAAGAGAAGGGAAGUCAUCAAAACAACUUCAGGGAUUAAAGCAGGAUUUGAAAUCAAUUUCAAAAGAGAACCAGAAGUUGAUUUCUCGGUUGAAAUCUCUUACUAAAGACAAGGAAAGGCUGGAGCGUCAGCUCAGAGAUGCUGAUAGGAUCAAAGGAUGUGAAAACGGGAAAAUAAAGGAUCUUGAAAGUCAAACAUUUCAAUUAUUGUAUGAGAAAGAGUCUAUUACUGAGAUGCUAAGCACCUUAGAAAGAUCGAUUCCCAGCACUGAAGUUCAAAGAUUAUUCUCAGAGUACAUUUCCAAUCAGAAACAGCUCUUCAGUCUUGAAGAAGAGAAGAAUAAAUCUGAGAAUGAACUUCUGUGUAAAGAAAAGAAGCUUAGAGCCACUGCGAAGGAGGAAAAGCUAUCUUCGACAGUCAUCGAUCUUCGGAGAGAGGUUGAACUCAUGAGGAAAAAUCUUUCAACCAUCGAGGGCUCGAUUGAAGAAGCUAAUCUCAAGAACUCAUCACUUAAAGACGAGCUUCACUGAGUUGAAAUCCAUGAAAAGAGACGAAACGAUGUCAUUUUUGAGACGGAAAGGACACUUUUGGAAAAGCGGGAGGAGAACGAGAGGCUCAAGCGAGAAGUAAACUACCUUUCAAACUCCAAAACCGAUGUGGAACGAGCAUAUCAUGCUAUGGUUGAAGAGAAGAAGAUCAUUGAUCGUGAAUUAAUGUUGAUCAAGGCUCAGAUGGGAACCACUAAUCCCUCUGAAUGUGACGAGAGGCCAAACACAUUUUAUUCUACCUUGAAUCCUGGAGAUUUUACUAAGAACAGGCUGUUACAGGGUCAGAAUUAUAUAUACUCUCAGAAUCUGAGUGGGAAUGACACUUCAAACUUCAUCUCUCCAGAGAUCGACCAUAAGUAUGCCAGUUUUUAUCCUAAUCAGUGAAGAGAUAGCUACAGAGAAGGGGAUCUAGACCAGUACGAAUCUGAAGGAGAAGGAGCAAGUGAAGGCCAAAUCCUUGAGCAGUCUUAUGAGGCUGAGCCUCAUUUCCCUACAGGAGAGGAGCUUUCUAUAAAGGAUAAGCUCCAGCAAGUGAAGGAGACCUUCCACUCGAUCAAGAGCAGUAUUCAUCUUUAAAGUUGUUAAGCAAUUUUG